AUGGUCAACCAUCAUAUCAUCAUCAAGUCGCAGGGCGAAGCACAGAUUGCUCAAGUCCCUAUCCCAAAGCUACGCGAUGAUUACAUACUGGUGAAGACAAGGGCGGUUGCCCUUAACCCUGCCGACUGGAAGCAUAUCGAUUUCAUGGCUAGCCCCGGCGCCCGUCUGGGGUGCGACUAUGCUGGGGUAGUUGAAGAGGUGGGCAAAGGAGUCACGAAAGAUCUCAAGAAGGGUGAUCGUGUGGCUGGUCCCUGUCAUGGUGCCAAUGCUGUGUGUCAUGAAGACGGGACCUUUGGCGAGCACAUUACAGUCAAAGGCGAUAUCCAGAUCAAGAUACCCGACCAUCUAAGCUUCGAAGAAGCCGCAACCCUGGGAAUUGGCGCCACCACUGCCGGACAAGCGUUGUACCAAAAUUUACAACUUCCACUCCCGGGCUCCAAGGGAAAAGCAAACUUCCUCGUCCUGAUAUAUGGAGGCAGCACUGCAACAGGUGCUAUUGCCAUUCAGUUCGCGAAGCUGUCAGGGGCAUUCGUCAUCACAACGUGUUCACCGCAUAACUUUGACUACGUCAAGCGCGUAGGUGCCGACGUGGUGCUGGACUAUAAUUCGCCCAGCGUUGUGGAGGACAUCAAGAAUGCAGCACAAAAUAACCUCGGAUAUGCCCUGGACUGCAUCUCACUGGAGCCCAGCGCAAGAAUCUGUGUGAGCGCCAUGAGCGAGUCCGGGGGACAGCUCGCGACGUUGCAGCCAAUUGCGGACGAACUCGUCAAGAGUAUUAAUGAUAAGGUAUCGAACAAGAUGACGGUCGCAUAUACUAUCGUGGGUGAGCAUUUCAGCAAUGGGCCCCAUCGUAUUCCGGCCAAACCGGAGGACCUUGAGUUCGGCAAGAUGUUCUGGGACGUCGCGAGAGCUCUCCUGGCGCGAGGAGACCUCAAGGUGCAUCCUCCGAAUGUCAACCCAACAGGACCAGAGCUAGAAGGUAUACUCAAAGGUAUCGAGUGCAUGAGAGCAGGUACGAGACCGUACGAACAGGGCGCCUAA